CCACCAACACCAUCACCAACAACACCAACACCCCCACCAACACUACCACCACCCCCACCACCACCCCUAUCCCCACCACCACCACCACCACCACCACCACCACCACCACCACCACCACCACCACCACCACCACCACCGCCACCGCCACCAGCACCAACACCACCAAUACCACCACCAACACCACCAACCCCAACACCACCACCACCGCCACCACCACAGAUUAAUUCAGAGAUGUGCAAC